GAGUUGCUGGCUGCAGAAGCUGCCAAGCUCUCGGGCCAGCUGUGGGUUCUUCACUGGAAUGAAAGUGUAACCAAGGAAGGGGCUUGAAAAAGUGAAAAGGACAGAAAAUGAAGGCAAAGAGAGUGGAUGACCCAGGCCUUCCACGAUGGCCGUGAAGUAGGGGACCGUCUCCCCCGAGGGAUGGGCCGAGGACUUGGCGACUCCCCUGACCAUAAAUGGCUUGGCCAGGGCUCUCUUGGAGCCACCUCUUGCCCUGUCACCCUUGCUGUCCCAGCUGAAUGUUCCCGCAAAUGCAAGACACAAACCAGUAACACCAGCAAGAGAGGAGCUUGCCAGGGGCAGUAGCUGGAGAAGAUUCUUGGGAGGUGGUCGGAAAUGAGUUUUUUACUGAACUUCACGCUGCCGGUCAACACGACUCCCUCCCCAGUUGUUACCAGUGGGAAAAGAGCAGACUGUGGGCGCUCUCUCGGAUUAGCAGCAGGCAUCCCGUCCCUGGUGGCCACAGCCCUGCUGGUGGCCUUGCUGUUUACUCUGAUUCACCGACGAAGAAGCAGCCAUGAGUCCACCGAGGAAAGUGAGAGGCCUUGUGAAAUUUCAGAAAUCUUUGACAAUCCCAGGAUAGUGGAGAAUCCCAGGGGGUCACCCACACAUGGAAAGAAUGUGAUGGGAGCAGACGCAGCCCGCAUCUUCGUGAAGACCGAAUCGGGAGGCGAGGAGCCCAUGCGUGACCCUUACCAUCCUGCUGUAGAGAUGGAGAGAAGAAGGGGACUGUGGUGGCUUAUUCCCAGGCUGAGCCUGGAGCCGGACCAGAGCUAAACACACAGUGGUUUGGAGUGAGGAGAGAUGCUAAGCUCCUUCCAGACCAACCCAAAUUGAUUUGCAGAUCUGGACUUUUCUCUUUAGGAGGCAGAUCUGAUAAGGCUCAUUCCAACUCUCAGAUCGGUGGUUUAAUAAGCAGUGAAGUCACUGUGCAUCCAAAAGGAGCCCUUGGAUCCUGUUCCUGACCCCAGUGGGAAUUUGCUUUUCUUUGCUAUUUGGGAAAAGGGGUUUGACUUCUCAGUGUCUUGCCUCCUCAUUUUUUUUCACAUCCAUUUUCUCAAAAAAGCCAUCAGACCUGGCUUCCAUGGGAGGGUUGGCCAAGGCUAGCAUGGUGCAAGUUGGGAUAUAAAUGAAACUUAAAUGUGUGAGGAAAAGCAGUUUCUUAUUUCUGAACAGCUCAGGGUAGAAAUCACAUGGGGCCACACGUUCCCUGAGCACAGAGGCAGCGCGUGGCUGGGUCACUCAUCCCUCCCACGUGUGAUCAGAGGAUAUGUAAGGAAAACAGUUCUACAGUGGCCUCUGUGUGUGUGUGUGUGUGUGUGUGUGUGUGUGUGUGUUUGUUUGUGUGUUGAGGGUAAACAGGUUGGAGGGAAGGCAGAGGUUGGUUCAAAAGAUGAUUAGAAAUAGGGCUGUACCCAUUUUGUGGGAGUGGAGAGAAGGGCCCAAGUCCUUGGACUGUCACCGGGAGAAGCUCAUUAGCAGGAAGAGAAGUCAAGCGGACUCUGAGUGGAUGAACACAGAACCAAAGGGCAAUGUGACUGUCGUCUCAGGGAAGCCCCAGCUGGCUCACCAUCGCUCCUGUUAGGAGGCUCCUGGGAGUGCUGGAUCCCCUAUGCUGUCCACCACUGCGAGCACACCGGUCUCCUGGUGGGAGAACCCGGGUCCAGGGCAUCUUGGGGUCCACCCACCAGCUCCAUGCAUCGCGUUGAUCUGCUGUGGAAACACUCCUUUCUGACAAAAGACCCCUGAUUUCUCAGAAACACACCCUCUCUUCUUCAGAUAACCAAGGGCAGGUUCUACAGACCCAACCACUGCCGCACGCCAAAAGUGCUUUUCAAAUCUCCUUGUGAAACUUUUGUGCCGAGUGCCCGGAUCCAGUCACCUUAGCAAGCAGAUUGGGCCGUUUUCAAGCAGACACGCCCAGGGCUCCAGGAGCUUGUACUGCUGUUGCCCACUGGGAAGGACCUUGGAUUUGCUGAGAACAGGACUGUGGCCUUGGCCUGGGCACUCAGGUGCAAACAGUGGGGCAGAUCAUGGGGCCUCAGCUCUGUCUGUGCAAAACGGAGACAGCUGUUCUCAGCCUCUUACCCUUAAGGCUGUUGUGAAUCUGAGCGGAAAUGCACAAGUGAAUAAGCCUUGUGGUCUGUAAAGUAAGAUGUGACUUGUAUUUUGGAUCAUAUAUCUUAAUUCUACUUACAAUCCAUUGCUUGGAAUCUUUGUUUUACAUGACUACUACUAAACUAGCAAGGUUCAGUACUUCUGUCAUCUUUUUCUGCACAAGAACUUAUUUUGGAAUAAAGUGAACAGUAAAACGGUCA